AUGUACAGCAGAGAAGCAAGGAGACAUGGCAACAGCAUGGGAAGAGAGGAUCCAAAAUGUCCUGGAAAGCAAGGGAACAUUCUGGACAUGAUUGCUGGUCCUUUAUAUAAGCGCGUACUUUCACUGCUUCCACAAUCAGUGCUGUCAUUAUCGUCUCAUUUGCAAUGGCUUUUUUCACAUGCCGACCGCGCUGCGCCACUUGGCGCUCGUUCCCUGUGGAGCGUGAAUUCGAGUGGCCGGCUUUCCCAGUGGAGCGACAAUUCGCAUGUGCGAUACGCCGAAUGGACCGUAUGUUCGAGUAUGGCCGAUUGUGAACGAGAGCAUCCGAAAGCGCCCUUUGGCGUCCGCUUCCUGUGGAGCGUGAAUUCGAGUGGCCGGCUUUCCCAGUGGAGUGACAAUUCGCAUGUGCGAUACGCCGAAUGGACCGUAUGUUCGAGCAUGGCCGAUUGUGAACGAGAGCAUCCGAAAGAUUUGGUGGGCUGCGCUGGCUAUGAACAGAAAUUGACAAGUGACCUGCUUUCUAAGUUUCGACGUCUAGCAGCGUCUCGUUCAUUUCAGGUGACGGAUGAGACGGGCAGAUUUGCCGUCGAGCUAAAUGUCAGUGCGUUCCAUCCCGAAGAACUCGCGGUGAAAGUCCAAGAUCGAGAAGUGUGCAUUGAAGGACAUCACGAAGAACGCAACGACCAGCACGGGCGCGUCGAGCGACAUUUCGUCCAAAAAUUCCUGCUGCCUACGACUGCGCUGCCGGACAGUGUGGAAUCGAUCCCGAAGAACUCGCGCCAAGAUCGAGAACUGCGCAUUGAAGGACAUCACGAAGGACGCAGCGACCAGCACGGGAGCGUCGAGCGACAUUUCGUCCAAAAAUUCCUGCUGCCUAUGACUGCGUUGCCGGACAGUGUGGAAUCGAGUCUCUCAGACGGCGGAGUUCUCCGAGUUACUGCUCAGAAGAAUUGCACUGUCGAAGAAGUACAAUCUAGAAAAAUCCCCAUUCAGCCAUUAAAUAACUGA